AUGGCUACCCCCAGUGUCCUUACCUUUGAUGCUGAGGGUCGUGCUGUUGACUUUGAGGUCUGGGUCGAUGACCUCCAGCUUUUCCUGCAAUGCGAUAGGGCAGACAGACUCUCCCUGUUCGAUCUCACCUCUGGUGCCGCUCCUGCCCCGCCUACUGAUGCUGACAGCACUGUUCGCUCACAGUGGGCCACACGCGAUGCUGCUGCCCGUCUUGCUGGGCGUCGCCACUUAGCGACCACUGAGCAUGCGCACUUUAGUCAGUACAAGAGUGCUAAGACCUUGUACGACGCUGUAGUUGCACGCUACUCUUCCCCUGCCACUCCUGCUCUUAGCCGCCUCAUGCUGCCGUACCUCUUCCCUGACCUUGCUGCUUUUCCCACAGUCGCUGACCUCAUUACGCACCUUCGCACUAGUGACACUUGCUACCGCGCUGCGCUUCGUGCUGAGGACCACUUCCUCUCCGUUUGCCCCACCACACUCACCGUUGACCUCCUCAAGGAGCACCUCCUAGCAGUAGAGAAGAGCAUAGUCGCUGUAGGAGCCUCUCGUGGUGGCCCUCGCACCCCCGUCUUUGAGGGGUGUUCCCCCUCCCCCCUCUUGCCCUCUGUUGCUUCUGUUGCUGCGGCCGACCUCGUUGGCUUCGAGUCGGUCGGCGCUGCGUCUACCCCUAGCGGGAGACGCCGCACCGGUAAGGGCAAGGGGGGCAAGGGCGCUGGAGGGGCUGGCGGGGGCGGUGGAGGUGGUGGUGGAAGCAGUGGAGGGUGUGGGGGUGGUGGUGGGAGUGGUGGCGGGGGUGGAGGUGUAGGUGGCAGCAGUGGAGGCGGAGGAGGCGGCGGCGGUGGCGGAGGGAGCGGAGGCGGCGGAGGUGGCGGAGGCGGCGGAGGUGGCGGAGGCGGCGGCAACAGCAGUGGAGCUGGUCGCGGCUCUGCGCAGAGGAGUGGUUCCAGUGGUGGUCCGCGCCAGCAGCAGCAGCAGCGCACUCGUGAGACCCCGUCCCCCCAGCAGCUUCGUGAGUGGUACGCUUGGCGUCAGCGAGGUGGGGGUACUGGUCCCUGCACCUACGUCCUCCGUACCGGUGACCGCGCUGGUGAGAAGUGCGGGGGCUCGCACUCCACCCAGCACUGCUUCAGCCGCCUGACGGACACGUGGCGUCACCAGUUCCCUGACGCCACUGAGAUCCCUUGCUGGGGAGAGCUGUCUAGGGCGGGGGUUGCUAUCUUUGAUCUUGAUUAUGAUGCUAUUCUUGCUGCCAUGUAUGCUGUGUCUACUAGUGAUGAGGGAGACUAUUACCUGUGUGUUCCGCCUGACCCGAGCAUUGAGGCUGCUGCUCUAGGUGCUGGUGAGGCUGCUGCUCUAGGUGCUGGUACGUAUGCUGCCCCAGGUGCUGGUGAGUCUGCUCUCUCAGGUACCACGUCGGCUCAGGCCUUACACACCUUCACCCUUGACUCGGGUGCGUCCCGCUCCUUCUUUCGAGACCGCACCACUCUUACGCCGCUUAGUCGACCGGUUGCAGUCUCCCUGGCAGAACCCUCUGGGGGUCCUGUCUUUGCUAGCUUCUCCACUGUCUUACCGUGCCCGGCAGCCCCCUCUGGCACCCUGUCAGGUCUCUACCUCCCCUCGUUCUCUACGAACUUGGGGUGUCCAAGGUAG